AUGGGUCCUGAGGGAGUUUCAGAUUACAUAUUUGGGGCGACGCUAGAUGGCCUUCUUAAAGAAAACCGCGGAGGCGUCAGCUUCGCGAGAUGUCACGUUAUUCAGGCAAGUCGGGACUCGGGUGACGAUGGUCGUUCCGAGGAUGCAGCAGUGCGGGGCUCCCCUCUCACCCUGCACCCCCCUCCCUCAUGCACCCCCUUCACCCCUCACCCCUCACCCCUCGCUGACGUAACGUUGCCGUGUCCGCCCGCCCUAGUGUGUGCCGCGCCGUGCUCCGACCGACAGGGCAUAAUUCACGCGCCGACCACAUUAGUGAAAAUCAUUUGA